UGGGUGCAAUUUUCAGAAGUGCCGUGGAUGCCGUUAGGAAUCAAUUAAUUUGUUCAGUCUAAAACCCCUAAUUUCUCUCUUCUUCUUCAUCCCUCUCUUCCGGCGACUCCCGCCGUCCGACUCCGACCUCAUCGCUGCUGCUGAACUCGUCUGAUUUCGCCACCGCUCCUCUGUUUCUCUCAGUCUCAAACCUCUGCAGCCCUAGGUUGUGGUGUGCCAUACAUGAAGCUGCUUCGCCUUUGCCACUCAAUGGCAGCGCCUUUCGCAAUUCAUCUACGGCGACCGGCGUUUCCGUGGCACUGUCCAAUCCUUUUGGUUCCUUCAAAUCAUUUUCGAUUAUCCGCUUCUGCACAUCGUCAGACCAUCACUUCCGCCCUUUCCUUCUCAACCUGUAAUCAUCAACCUUCCCCGUCGUCCGACCUCGCGGACGAUUUCCCCUCUAAACAAGGUCCUUUAAAGCCAGGAUUGUAUCUUGUUGGCACGCCAAUCGGGAAUCUUGAAGAUAUAACUUUAAGAGCCUUAAAGGUUCUGAAAUCUGCUGAUGUCAUACUUUCAGAGGAUACAAGGCAUUCAGGAAAGUUGCUUAUGUACUAUAAAAUCAAAACUCCACUUUUAAGCUAUCACAAAUUCAAUGAGUCUCAACGAGAACAAGUUGUGCUGAAGAGAUUACUAGGUGGAGAAAUUGUCGCACUGAUUAGUGAUGCUGGGAUGCCUGGAAUCAGUGAUCCUGGUAUGGAGCUGGCCAAGUUGUGUGUAGACAAAAAUAUACCUGUCAUUCCUGUCCCCGGUCCAUCUGCUGUGGUAGCAGCUCUUUCGGCGUCUGGUUUGCCAACUAAUGAGUUCACAUUUGUUGGCUUUCUCCCUAAACAUGCCACUACAAGAAGAGAGAGGCUCAUGGUUUCUGCCAAUAGUGCAACAACACAGGUCUUUUUUGUCCCUCCUCAUAAGCUCUGUCAGUUCCUAGAAGAGUCGUCUUCGAUCUUUGGAAACUCAAGGCGUUGUGUUAUUGCUCGGGAAAUGACCAAACUGCAUGAAGAAUUCUGGAGGGGUACUCUUGGGGAGGCGAAUGAAGCAUUCUCAACCCAUCAACCAAAGGGUGAAAUAACACUGAUGAUCGAAGGGAUGAUAAGUGAGGAUGACCAACUCUCCAAUUCUCAACUGGAGAAUAAGCUGGAGGAAUUAAUAUCCAAAGGGCAUAGUCUCUCCACGGCAGUCAAGGUGGUGGCAUCUAGCACGUCCAUGAAAAGAAAAGCAAUAUAUUCACUAGCACUGGAGAAAUAUGGUAACCAAUGUUCAGAAAAGAAAAAUUGAUGCAAGAUGGUUAGUCAUCAGGUGGCUUAUAAAAGACAUGCAAAACCCACUAUGACUGAAACUCUCGAAUAUUUUGUUUCUGGAGAAUGGGUACGCAUCAACCGUUACUUGGAGGUGGGGCGAAUGCAAGCAAUGGAGUGCUGGACAUGUCGGUUACGUGAAGGUGGAUGCCAACAUCAUUAUUGUCAUCAAGUUACAUGAAGGAUGUGUUACUAUUAUUAUUAUUUCCAUUAUUGUUUGAGUAGAGGGAGUUUUUUGAGUAGUGUUGGGACGGCAUUCUGCCAAGGGUCUACAUUGAAGAAGAUUUUUUACAAAGAUGAUUCCAAGAAUUUGAGAACUGCUGCAACUGCCUAAUAUUUGACGUCAACGAACGGUUGAGAAUCGGUUAGCUAAUAAUUGGGGCUGGAAAAUAAAGUAGUUAAGUGGAGAGAUGUUAUUCAUUUCAGUAUCAAAUUUUACAGUGUAUUGUUGAGAGAGUUGAGAGGGCUUCUAGACCUCUGGAGAGUUCUUAAGUGAAGUUGUUUCUGUGUA